GAGUGAACGAGUGGUUGAAUGCAUUGAAUGCUGUGAUGCCAUCCAAAGUGAAUCCAAAGUCAUGUCAAUAGUUUGAGUGACAAUGAGUUGAUGACCACAAGAGAUGUCUUUCCCGACGCGGAGGUGUUGUGGCCGACGAAGACUGAGACACGUAUUGCCGUUGACAGUGAUUCCUCUGGUGUUGGUGUCACUUGUGGUGACAUUCUUUAUAUUACCACUUCCUCCACAUAAACUCAACCAAAGUGUGGGCGACGAUGUCAUGCGUGUCCUUCCGGACCACAACAACCACUACAUCAACAAAAAGGGCGUUCAUGUGAUCGUUGGUCACUAUCGCGGCAAAGGAUACUCUUGGGACGGAUCUCCUAAUCUUACUGACGCAUUUCUCAAUCAAAACAAUUACUCCCCGGUGCCACAAGUGGGUGAAAAUGGUGUAGCG